AUGUGCCGCGCUGACGUGGAAGGCGGCGCUGACGUGGCACAUGGUGACGUGGCGGGUGCAAGAGAGCGUGCCGUCGCGUCCUGCGCGAGGCUGCUGGGCGACAUCGCGCGAGGCGCGGAGGACGACGAGACGAGGGAGGACAUCGCGUCCGCGACGGAGGCGUUGAGGCGCGCGACGUCGCUGGUCGUCUCGUCAAACGCGAACCGCGGCGGCGACGGCGGCGGCGGCGCCGAAGUCGUCGCCGCCGCCUGUGGGGUCCUGACGGAGCUCGCGUGGACGCCGACGGCGACGCGCGCGAUCCUCGCGGAGUUGAGAGGAGAGAAGAGCGGCGGCGGGGAGAUUGGGCUCGUCCGCGCGGUCGCGAGAGCGGCGACGGCGGCGGCGGGAGACGAAAGCGGAAGCGAACGCGAAGCGCGCGACGGCGGCGACGCGACGAUCGAGCCGCUCGGCGGGAGCGACCCGCGCGCGGCGGCGAUGCGCGCGCUCUCGCGCUUCGCGUCGUGCUCAGACGCGGUCGCGGCCGCGAUGUGCGCGCGGGCGUCCAUCGCGGCCGCGGUCGUCCCCGCGAUCGAACGCGCGGCGCGCGCGGUUUCGAUUUCGGUUUCGCGCGCCGACGACGAAAACGCAGACGCGGACGACGCCGAGGCCGCCGCGGACGCGUGGGUCGCCGCGCACGCGACGUGCGUCCUCGCCGCGCUCGCGCGCGUGCACGACGACGACGACGAGCGCGCGGGCGCGCUCCCGAGAGCGCUCGCGCGCGUCGUCAAAGACGCCGUUCCGAGCCUUCUCGCGCUCGUGAAGUCCGCGGGCGGCGGCGACGACGACGACGACGACGACGACGACGACGACGACGACGACGCGAGCGAGAACGAGAACGCGAACGCGAACGCGAACGAGGGGGUGAUAUCACCCCUCCGCGGGCGGCGCGGCGGCGGCGGGCUCACGAUCUCGACCCCGAAACACGCGGCGAUGGUCGACGCCGCGCCGGCGCCGCGGACGACGACGACUUCGACGACGGCGGCGACGACCGCGGCGCCGGCGACGGCCCGGGCGAGGGCGGAGUGCGCGUCCGCCGCGGCGCGUCUCCUCGGCCGCGUCGUGUCGCGACACCGCGCGUCGUCGCUGCCGUCGGACGUGGCGCCCGCGGACGUCGCGCGCGCGCUCGUGCGCGCGUUGCUCGCGUCCGUCGGCGACGAACGCGAGGAGGCGCUUUUAGACGCCGUCGUCUCGACGCCGCGCGUCGUCGACGCGCUCGCGGGGGCGAUGCGAGCCGCGGACGCGCCGUCCGACGCGCCGGAUCGAGUGCUGAGUAUCCUGUCGUUCGGAUCUUAUCAUGGAUACAACGCGGGGAACGCCGCCGGCGGCCCCGGGGGCGGCGCGGCGGCGCACCAGCACCACGCUCGCAGAGUCUCCUGGGAGAGUCUCUCAAAUCACGGCGUGGGAGGAGGGAGUCCGCCCUGGUCGAGCGCGGGAGCCGCGCCGCCGCCGGCGUCUCGACCCGCCGUGGUCGCCGCCGCGAGCGCGCUCGGGACGCUCGCGACGCUCGCGAAAAAACGCCCGGUGAUCGCGCGCGCGCUCGCGGCGCGAACCUCCACGUCCGCCGCGCUGUCGGGGUUCCUGGACGAGCGCGCGUACGCCCGCAUGCGCGCGGCGUUGGCGUCGUCGUCGGGCGGAUCCGCCGGGGGGCCGAGCGAUCUCACCGUGGAUCCGACGUGCGACGCGCGCGACGUCCUCGCGCGAGAAGACGUAGGCGAGUUUUACGACGGGCUCCUCCUCUUCGGCGGUGGCGGGGGGACGCGCUGGACGAACGCCGACGCCGCCGACCCCCUCCUCGGGCACGUCUCCCCCGCGCUGUCGCCGCUCGGCGCGCCGCGGUCGAACAAGCGCGUGACGUACGAAGAGGAAACUUUCUACGGCGACGACGACGACGACGGCGUCGGUUCAGCAGGUCCCGCGUCCGCGUCCGUCGUCGACGACGAACGCGUCGAACGCGUCGAUAACGCCGCGUCGACGUCCGUUGAAACACCAACAGAGGCGGGGACGACUUUUAUAGACGACACGUACAGCGAGCGAUGCUGCCCGAACGCGGUCAGGGUGGUCGCGUGCGACGUCUUCGCCGCCGCGGCGACGGAGACGCACGCGCGCGUGACGAGCGACCCGCGAAGCCUCCGCGGGCUCGUGCGACUCACCAGAGGCGGGCCGCGGGUGUGCGUGAGCGAGAGAACGGCCGCGGCGCGAGCGUUAUGGUCUGUGUGCUGCGCGUCCGCGGACGUCGGCGCCGGCGCGAGCGCGGUGGAGCGCACGGAAGGGAGCGUCCACGCGCUGGCGGCGCUGUUGACGUCGAGCUCAAGGCACGCGACGUUUGAAGGGCGGGCCGCGGCGGCGGGCGCGCUCGGGGCGUUGCUCUCGGGCGCGGUCGCGAGCGGGGACGUCGCGCGGGCGGGGAGGUGCGCGAACGCGGUGUGCACCGCGGAGGGUGUGUUGGUGGGAAUGCGGGCGCUGCUCGAGGGCGCGUGCGACGCCGCCGUCGACGCCGCGGACGACGACGACGAUUUCGACGAUUUCGACGAUUUCGACGACGAUUUCGACGACGACGAGGAGUCCGCGCGCGAUAAGUCCGUCGUGGACGUCAUCGAAGGCGGCGUCGUCGCCGCGAGCGCGCUCGCGACGCUGACGCGCUUCCCCGCGGUCGCCGCGCGCGUCGUCUCGCACGUCGGGACGCUCCCGGCGCUCGUCCGCGCGUUGCGCGCGCCGUUCGAGAGGCGGGGGGGGGCCCGAGAUAAAUUAUCGCGGCGAAAGUCGAUCGGGGGGGACCCCGUCGCCGUCGCGACCGCGUCGCUCGCCGCGCACGCGGCGUCCGCGAUCGGCAACAUCGCGUCGCAUCCCGCGGCGGCGAACUUCCUCGCGACGAGCGCUUCGCAUGGAGGGGUAACGCACGCGCUUCUGACGUUACUGCGUCACGACGCGCCCGACGACGCGCGAGGGAUGGCCCUUGCCGCGUGUCGUAACGUUUUACUAACGCGCGCGGGUCGACGCGCGGCGACGCGCGAAAACGGGUUCGUCCUCGCGCUGACGACGCGGUUGAUGGACGGCGACGCGAGGGAGCGGAUCGCGGCCGCGGCGGGCCUGGUCAACCUCACGAGCGACGCGUCGUGCUUGGACGACAUCGCGCGACGCGGCGGCGGCGGCGGCGGCGGCGAGGCGAACGCGGACGCGGAUGAAUUCGCCGCGCUCGUCAACGUCCUCGCGUCGAGUCUAGGGCCCGCGACGUUCGACGACCCGCGGGCGGCGCGGUACGCGCUCGCGUGCGUCGCGAACGUGUGCAAGCACGCCGCCGGCGUCGCCGCGUUCGCCGCGCGCCAAGGCGGGACGUCGUCGCUCGCGGCGGCGGCGGCGGCGGCGGCGAACGGCGGCGACGCCGCCGCGGCUUCGUGCGCGCUCGACGCGACCGCGCGCGUCUUGCUUCACCACCGCGCUUCACGACGCGACGCGCGCGCGCGGCGUGAGGAGGUACACGACGCGCUGCACGCGUUGAAGGGCGUCGUCGUCGACGCGCUGGAGAACGCGGCGAAGGCGUCGACGCUCGGCGGCGCGGCGGCGGCGGCGGCGGCGGCGGCGCUCUGCGCCGCCGCGACCGCGUCCGACGGUUCCUCCUCCGACGGCGGUCGCAGUUUCCUCGACGCGUUCGCCGAUGACCGCGCGCGCGUCGUCGACGCCCUCGGCGCGCUCGCGCACCCGAGCCGCGACGAGCCGUCGCCGCCGCGUCCACCGGCGGCGUCGUCGAAACAGAAGAGCGCGACCGCGGGCGAAGAAGCGACGCGCGCGUUAUUCGAACUCUCCGCCGCCGCGAAGAGAGACGACGACGACGACGCGUGGCGGCUCGCCGUCGCCGCGAGCGACGCGGCGUUCGCCGCGCUGAUCGGGAGGGUCCAGAGCGCCGUCGCGCGAGCCGAGCACGCGGCGCGGUGGCGCGCGUUCAACGCUUCGAGAGGCGGGAUCGACGACGUAGAACGCGGAGGACCGACGGAAGACGACGACGUCGCCGCGGCGACCGCGGCGGCGGCGCUCAGGCGCCUCCUCGACGAUCCUCUCGCGCUGUCGCCGCCGCAAGCGCUGGCGGUGCUCGGAAAAAACGCCGGGUUGUUGCGCGGCGCGUGCGCGCUGGAGAGGGGCGGCGGUACAGCUGGCGCCGACGCGGCGGUCGACGCGCGCGUCAGAGCGUUCGUCGCCGGGAGCGCGUCAUCCGACGCGUCCGCGGCGAGCGUCGCGUCGGACGCGGGCGCGCUGCUGGACGCGCUGGCGUCGAUAUCGCCGCUGCACGCUCGAAUCGUCUCGAGCGAACGCGCGAACGUCGCGAAGGCGCCUUCGCGAUAG